UCAGAGAGAGGAGCCAACGCAGCACUGGAGGACUGAGGAGCGAGAAAGAGGCAUAUAAAGGGGGGAGUUCCUGCAGCGGGCACUUUAAGACAGAGCUGCUCUGCACAUUUCCAACGCAGCUGAAAAGUUUCGAACCAUUUCCGCAUCUGAGGCGUUUUAUUCUUUGUCCCAUGAGUGCUGCAAGUGUGCUCCCGUCUUUCAGUCCAUCAGCAAUGCCUGGCCCUGUAAUGCCUAUGGAUGUGGCCAUGAGAUUCUACAUUAGCCACUCUCCUCCUCUGCGAGGCUUCCUCAGCCCCUACGAUGACCUGCAGAAGGCCAAGAACAGGGCCAACCAGUCCGCCCGCAGGCACAGCCAGCAGCUCUACAAGCCCCUGCGACCGUGCCUGCAGAAGGCAGUUAGUGAUGGUAGCUGCGUGGCCUGGAACAAAAGCAAGGCCGGCAAAAAGAGGGUGGUGUUUGCCGACACCAAAGGCAUGGCGCUCACCAACAUCCACGUCUUCUCCAAGUUCGAUGAUGAACCGUACCAGAUGAAGCAGAAGGAUGAGAUCACAGAGGAGCUGCAGUUCGACAUGACAGACCUGGAAACAGCCACCAUGGAUUUAAAGAUCAGCUCUGUUCGCAGCCUGGCACUUGACUUUAAACAGCCCUCGGCCGACUAUCUGGACUUUCGGAACCGCCUGAUUCAGAACUCCGUGUGCUUGGAGAACUGCUCCCUGCAGGAACGCUCUCUGACGGGGACCAUCAAAGUCAGAAACAUUGGGUUUGAGAAGUUGGUGCAAGUGCGCAUCACCUACGACUCAUGGGCCAGCUACACCGACGUGGACUGCACCUUCCUAAACAACGUCUACAACAGCCAGGACAAUGACACCUUUGCGUUUGUCGUGGAGCUGCCAUCCUACGUCCCGCCACAAAACCGAGUCGAGUUCUGCAUCUGCUUCAAGGUCCAAGGCCAGGCUUUCUGGGACAAUAACGAUGGCAAGAAUUACACCCUCAAACACAAUGGCUGGAGCGGCGACAACGUGAGCAGAGCUUCUGAGCCAAAAAGGCUUUCAGAGCACAAAACUGGGGACGGGAAGGUACUUGACCUGGGGUUUGAUCAGUUCGGCAGCCCACGCAUGUCCAGCGGACUUUUUCCUGGUUGGCAGAGUUGGGGUCACUUUGAUAACACCGUGCCUUACUGGUGAAAGCAGCAGGAGGUUCGCCACACCGGCACAAGAUCACAGACACUGACAGGGCUCUUAGUGCAAAUCCAGCUCUGGGGCUUCAACUCGACUGCCUCUCAGCCAGAAACUAAACUGAAGCGAACAAGCUCUGCUUUCAGAAGCAGAAGUAGUACAAAAAAAAGACAGAAACCUAAGUGUAAUAUGCUCAACUGACCUACUUUCUGCUGUAACAUGGUCGUUCGGCCUGGUAAAUGAUUGAACAGUGGCUACCAGAGGAGGGAUUUUUGGGGUAGGGGGGAAAGAGACCUUUUGUAAAAUAUUAAUGUGCCUUCUUAUCAUGUCUGCCCACUAAAAUACAGACUGAUGCAUGAGUUGAAUAUGCACUGACUGCGCUCAAUGUGACGUCUGGAUAUUAGGAAGGAAAAGGAGCUGAUUAUGUCCUUCAUAUUGAAGGGAAAGCUAGGGGGUGCAUGACAGUAGAAUGAUUCUCUGUUCAAGGAAAUUUAGGUUGAUUUCUAAUAAAAAAAAAUUUUAAAACGGAAAGGAAAAAAAAAGCACACUAAACCUUUGCACCCUCCUAUAUUCAGAGUGGUCUUGUUUUCUAAAAUGGGAGUCAUGCAGCCCUUUCUUUCCCUCCGUGUAAAUUGCACACUUUUGCCUGGUUAAAAGAAAAAUGUAAUUCUGAGGCGAGCUAUGUAAAGGAAGCUGCUAUAUUGAUGUGUGGUUUGAAAGUAUCUGCAUGUGAUUGGUUGUUUUCAACAGGGAAGACGUUUGAUUAAUUGUUCUGGUAAGUGAAGAAAGAAAUGAUGUAAAGAUCGAAUGUGUUGGUUGCUUGUGUUCACAAGUGCAAUUCUUAAUGUUAAGUGUACAGAUUGAGUGGCUGGAAUCCAGAUUAUUUUGUAUUUUGAAACUUUUAGUCACUGUGAAGAAAAGGUCUAGACCCCGGCAUUUUGUGUCUCACUUGAAGGUGUGUGUUGCCGACACACACCAUGAUUGUAAUGUAUUUACUUUUUGGAAUAAAUUUAUAUAUAUUUGUGUCAAAAUA